CAUGGCAGAGUGCGGCAGUGACAGCAGCUCAGGCCCGGCGAUCAGCCAGGAGGCGAUCCCAAUGGCUGAGAGGAUCUCACUGCUCUACCGUCUCUCCUACGUCUCCGUGGCUAAGUUCCCCCACCUGGAGAUCAGCAUCCAGAACAGGGCUGCACACACUCAGCAACUCUUCUCACAUGCCAAGGACAUCCUGUGCGAUUCUGUUUACACGGUGGACAAGGUGCAGUUGUUGUUCCCUCCGAUGAAAACUGCGGUGGAGAAAGAACAGCCUGAUCAGCUUCAGGAGCUCACGGCAUCUGCUAAGGAGCUGUUCCCUCACCUCCACAACGAACUGAAGGGAAUCAUCAGCAGGUUUGAACUACACUACAAGGAUACAGCGGCCAACACGUCAGAGGUGUCUACUGAACGCAGCAUAAGAAAGAAGAACCCACACACCACCAACAGCCCAGAUGACUGCCUGGACGUGGUGUGUCUGUGUCUGUGUAAAGUCCAGAAGGACCUCAUCGAGCUGCUGAAGUUCUGGGAGCAGUUCUGCCUGCUGCAGGAGUACAUGCAGAACAUGACCCUGGUGUGUGAAGAGCUGGUCCCUGACCUGACAGAUUUCAAAUGUGUGUUUCUGGAGUCCAUCACUGCAGCCGAGGAGGGUUGGAUGAAGUUCCGUGAGUCUUGUGUGACCAUCCAGACUGUAUUCAGCGUGCAGGCCGAAGACGCUUACAAGUUUCUUAGCAUGAAGCCAUCGUCUCUGUCUGCAGAGGACUGGAAGAGUCAGUACAGCGAUGCCAAGACACAGAUCCUCAUCAAUGCCUUGAUGCCACACGCUAAAGACCGUCAGCUAUCGCCGAAACGCCUGCAGGACAUCGAGAAACUCGCACAGCGAGAAGAGAGCCUGGACAAGCACCAAAUGGAAAAGGAACUAGCCCUUAAUAACCUGCAGGCCCUACAAAUCUCAAACAAACACUCACUCCACAGUUUCACACAUUCUCUGUCACAGGCCAAAGAGAAGUUGCAGUUGAUCCAAGCUGAGCUUCGCGAGCAGCAGGCUAAACUGAAGACAGCGAAGAGGGUGAAGAGGGUCGGGGUCGGAGCCAUACCACUUGGUUUAAUCGGACUGAUUGCAGGGCCGGUGAUGGCUGCGGUGGGAGUGAGGGAUGGUCGUCGGGCGGAGAAGGCCAUUGAGGAGGCGGAGGAGAAGAUGGAGCGUUUCCAAGCCAACGUGGAGUACUGCGAUAAACGAGUGCAUGAGUGUGAGGCCAGGAUCUGCCACACGGAGCAGGAGAUCACAGAGAUCGGACAGGAGCUGGAGCACAUGACAUACUUCAAAUACGUUUUACUGACUAUAUGUGGCCACUAAGGGCGCCAGAGAGGGAGCUGCCAGGAUUAGGGUGAUUGCAUGGUCCAUAGCAAGGUAUACAAGACAGUAAAAAAAAGCAUAGCAAGAAACGUCAAUAAAUGUACAAUAGGGAAUAAAAUAAAAGAUAGUCAGCUUCUAGUGUUUGUAUUGUUGUCGUGAUAUUGGGAUGUUAAAUGUUUUACCAUGCUUUGCAGAGUCUCUGUAAGAGCCUUAUAAUCAGUCACCAAAUUUCUAAUUCCACUACUCAAGGGCCUCAUAGCAUGUCAUUGCGAUGUUGUUAUGAUGUAAUUAAGUCUUUUCACCAGUGUGAACAGGCUGGCUGCUGGCAGUAAGAGGCUACUGAAGUUGUGAAUUUGUUUCCAUUAUUAAUAAGAAAAUCAGUAGCCGUUAUAGUAGCCCAUUUGAUAAGACAUAAUGGAUACGGUAAUAUACAUUAAUUAACUGUCAUAACACAUGAAUAAAUAAUACAGUAAUACUGUACUGUAAUAAUACAUUAAUAAUCCACUGUAAUAUACAUCAAUGUAUAAUACAUUCAUAAUGUACCGUAAUACACAUGAAUGAAGUACUGUACCUGUAACUGGAUGAC